AUGGACAAGAUCCUGGAAGCCGUGAUGCUGUCAUCGUACCCCACCAACGUGAAGCAAGGGCUGGCACGGCGGGUGAUCGAGGCAGCGAAGCAGCCCAUGGACAGUGCGCAGUGUUGGGCCAUGCUGGAGCUGUCCACCAAACUCUACCUAGUGGGUGACACCAAGUUCAAGCGGGAGAUUGGGCAGGAGGUCCUGGAGGUCUACGGCCGAUACCACCUCGAGGCCUUUGUGGAGUUCUUUAAUGCUCAUUUCCUCCUGACUCUGCUGCAGGAGGGCUAUGGGACCCCAGGCCACCCCAGCCCCUACGUGCUAGAUUACGUCCAGCUGGGCCUCCAGUUCAUCCCUGAGGGCCCAGCCGCUGAGGGGGUCUUUGCCUUACUCCGCCUGGAGGUCCUGAGAAAGGUGUGCGAACGGCCCGGCCCCAGGCAGUGUGCCAAGGUGGCCCGCCUGCUGAGCCAGUACCCACGCUGCAUUCCAGAUGGCAGACACCGGCUGCUCUUCUGCCAGCAGCUGGUUCGCUGCAUCGGGCAAUUCCAGUGCCUGGCAGAGGGGGAGGAGGGCAUUGUGGAGUUCUUGAGCCAUGUGAACCGAGUGAGCGGGCUCUUACCUAAAAUUUGGAGGGCCCAAGCCUCCUCCAUCCUGCCAUCCCUGAAGGAGCUGUUUGCCAUCAUCUCCUCCACAGAGGAGCAGGAGCCUCCUUCCAAUGCCUUGGCCAGUGUCGUCCAGUACGUGCCCCUGGAGCUCAUGGACGGGGUGAUCAGGAACCUCACCAAUGAUGAUAGCAUCACAGAUGCCCAGAUGAUGACAGCUAUCAGCAGGAUGAUCGACUGGGUGUGUUGGCCCCUGGGGAAAAACAUAGACAAGUGGAUCAUCACGUUGCUAAAGGGCCUAGCAGCUGUUAAGAAGUUCAGCAUUUUGAUUGAAGUCUCUCUCUCCAAAAUAGAGAAGGAGCAAGAGAAGGUGGAGAGAAAGGAAGAAAAGAAGGAGAUGGAGAAAAAGGAGGUGAAGGAAGAGAAAGAAGUGAAACACGAGGAGGAAGAGAAACUGGAGAAAAAGAAGGAAGAAAAGGAAAUGGUGGAAAAGGAGAAAGAGAAGGAAGAAGAGGAGAGGGAAAGAGAGGAGAAAAAGAAGGCAGAGGAAGGUUGCCUCGGCCCAAGGACUGGUGGGAACCAGGGGGCACCUUGUGUGGAGCAGAUGUGUGGCCCCGAGGGCUCUCGUUCGGUCCCAGAUCUUAUCAAUUACUUUCUGUCUCCCGAGACGCUGACGGCAGAGAACCGCUAUCACUGUGAGCACUGUGCCUCAUUGCAGGAUGCAGAGAAGGUGGUGGAGCUGAGUGAGGGCCCCCGCUACCUCAUCCUCACCCUGCUGCGCUUCUCCUUCGACCUGAGGACCAUGCGUCGGAGGAAGAUCCUGGACAACAUCUCCAUUCCCCUGUUCCUUCAGCUUCCUGUGGCGAGCGGGUGCCCCCAGCAGGACCAGGACCAGGUCUGUGCAGCCUAUGACCUUUGCAGUGUCGUGGUGCACUCGGGCAUCUCUUCAGAAAGUGGUCAUUACUACUGCUAUGCCCGCGAGGGAGCGACAGCCACAGUCAACCCACCCGGGUCCCCCGGACUCUCGUCUGCCGAGAAGCUACCGGCCCCGGAGAGCCAGUGGUACUUGUUCAAUGACACGCGGGUCUCCUUCUCCUCCUUCGAGUCAGUGAGCAACGUCACCUCCUUCUUUCCCAAAGACACAGCUUAUGUGCUGUUCUACAGGCAGAGAGCCAGAGAGGGGCUCGCAGCAGAACCCAAGGCACCCAGACCCCACAGUGAACCAACUCUGCACAAAGACUUGAUUGAAGCCAUAUCUAAAGACAACAUUCUUUACCUGCAGGAGCAGGAAAAGGAGGCCAGGAGCAGGUCAGCCUACAUCUCCACGCUCCCCAAAUCUCCCCCUUGGGGGAGGGACUUUGACGAAGACAAGGAUGAGGAUGAUGAAGGCUCCCCAGGGGGCUGUGACCCUGCAGCUGGAGGCAGUGGCAGCUCCUUCCACAGACUUGUCUUCUAGGGGUCUUGACCCCCAUCCCAUGCACCCUUCCUGGUCCCCAGCCUGCUCUGUGACACCCCUUCCCUUGCAAGGCCAACUCAGGCCCCCUUUUCCUUA